AAAAGCCGAGAGUUGUGGGCGCUCCGGCCCUUCGAGUCCACGUGGAGCUGCGGUGUGAGAGGAGCGGGUGACGCCCUCGGCGGCAGCAGCAGCGGCAGGGACGCGCGUGGCCCUCGGCCAGCCGCGGGGCCCUCGGACAUCCCGCUUCUUCGGCCCGCGUUAGGCGUGCGUGCUGCGGGAUGGACACCCCCCCGCUCUCGGGGUCGGACUCGGAUUCUGACGAGUCCCUGGUCACAGACCGGCAGUUGCAGGAUGCGUUUUCCCAGGGGCUCCUGAAGCCAGGCCUCAAUGUCGUGCUGGAGGGGCCGAAGAAGGCCGUCAACAACGUGAAUGGCCUGAAACAGUGUUUGGCCGAAUUCAAGCGGGACCUGGAGUGGGUGGAGAGGCUCGACGUGACCCUGGGUCCGGUGCCGGAAGCCCCCGGACCGCAGCCAGCGCCUCCGAGCAAGGACCAGGGAGCCCUGAAUCCGGAAGACGACUUCCAGCGGGAGAUGAGUUUCUACCGCCAGGCCCAGGCUGCGGUGCUCGCCGUGUUACCCCGCCUCCACCAGCUCAAAGUCCCUACCAAGAGGCCCACCGAUUACUUUGCUGAAAUGGCCAAGUCUGAUCAGCAGAUGCAAAAGAUUCGACUGAAGCUGCAGACUAAACAGGCUGCCAUGGAGAAGUCUGAGAAGGCCAAGCAGCUGCGAGCGCUUCGGAAAUACGGGAAGAAGGUACAGACAGAGGUUCUUCAAAAGAGGCAGCGGGAGAAGGCACAUAUGAUGAGUGCCAUUAAGAAAUAUCAGAAAGGCUUCUCUGAUAAGCUGGAUUUCCUUGAAGGAGAUCAGAAACCUGUUGCCAAGGGCACACAGGCAGGAGCUAAGGGCCGGCAGAUGAAGAAGGGGCCUAGUGCUAAGCGACGAUAUAAAAACCAGAAGUUUGGUUUUGGUGGAAAGAAGAAAGGCUCCAAGUGGAACACUCGUGAGAGCUACGAUGAUGUGUCCAGCUUCCGGGCCAAAACAGCUCAUGGCAAGGGCCUCAAGAGGCCUGGAAAGAAAGGGUCAAAUAAGAGACCUGGAAAGAGAACAAGAGAGAAGAUGAAGAGCAGAACACGCUAAACAGCAUCUUGUUGUACAGAGAACCAAGAAAAAGGGAUGAAGCCUUAUUUUCCUGAUACAGUUGGGUCCCUUCUGUUUAUUUUAUUUUAUUUUAUUUUAUUUUAUUUUUUGUU